UUAAAUUGAAUUGUUUGUUUACAAAUGCCGGAAUUUAAUAAUUUUAAUUGUGCAAAAACUAUAGACUGUAAACAGGGUGCAGUGCGUGCGGUGCGCUAUAAUGUGGACGGUACUUACUGCAUGAGCUGUGGCUCGGAUAAAAAAGUAAAACUCUGGAAUCCAGCGACGGGUUUGCUUCUUAAGACUUAUGGUGGCCAUGCAGACGAGGUAACCGAUGUCGCCGGUAGCUGUGAAAGCAGCCACAUAGUAUCAUCGAGUCUGGACAAAAGCAUCAUCUACUGGGAUGUAUCCACAGGCACGCCGGUGCGUCGACUGCGCUGUCAUGCUGGUGGCGUGCGUUGUGUCUGCUUCAAUGAAGACUCCUCCAUAGCCAUAAGCGGUGGGCGCGACAACGCUGUGAUGUGCUGGGACAUACGCACGCGUCGCCUGGAUCCUGUGCAGGUGAUGAAGGAUGCACGCGAUUGCAUUACCACAGUGCUAACCAAUGAGCACAAUAUCUAUGCUGCCUCUCUAGACGGCUGUGUGCGUCACUACGACAUACGCGCCGGCGAACUGACCUGCGACAAGAUUGGCGAACCCAUCACAUAUCUAGCGCAAACGCGCGAUGAGCAAUGCUUGGUGGCUGGUUGUCAGGACAGCGUGGUGCGUCUGCUGGACUGCGAGACAGGUGGCCUACUCUCGGAAUAUAAAGCUCAUCAGGGCCAGGACUAUCACAUCGAGUGCGGCAUUCUAGCUAGCGACGCGCAUAUUGUUUCCGGCUCCAGUGAUGGUCACGCCUACAUUUGGGAUCUGCUCGAAGGCAAAGUGUUGCAGUGUCUGCGCAUAAGUGAUAACGGCGGAGUGGUGCAUUCGCUGGCUACUCAUCCAAAGCGACAGGAGCUUUUAUUUGCCAGGCGACGCGAUAUGUAUGUCUUCUCUGCAGAUUUGCAAAUCGAGGAGCUGCAGUUGUAGCUUAUAAUAAAGUUUGUAGACUAAGUAAACACACACUUGAGAUAUUUUUUUGAGGGGAAAAGGAAAAACCAUUUAUUUGACAUAAUUAUUUGCUGUUUUUUUUUAUCUUUUUAUGUAUUUUCUGCUGUUUUUCGAUUUUUUUUUUUUUGUUUAAUAUAGAGCAUGAAUGUAUGUAGUAUUAUAUGUUUGUAUGUAUGUAAUUUUUUAUGAACUGGCUUAUAUAUGUAUUUAUGUAUGUUUUUGCUUCUUUUUGCUGUUAUAUAAAUCGUUUCAACUGCAAAUGCGCUCUCGGCAAACGCCCAACAUAUGUGCAAGUGCAUGGCUGUGUGUGUAUGUGUGUGUUCUGUGUUUUUGUGUGCGUGUGUGGGUGGGUGGAGCGCCGCUCUCUCCAUCAUUCUCAAAC